AAAAAGACCAAAAAAAAAUAACUUCAUUUCAAUAAUGGCUGGACACUACGUUAUCGCUGGCAAGAAGGUUCCUUUCCACAUCCUUUCCAUUGGAUUUAUCUCUGCCUACGCUAUUGCUGGUACUGCUUAUGCCAUGAAGCCCAAGCCUGCCCAGCCUGCUACUCCCCCAAUCAAGGCCAGCUCUUCCGACGAGGAGGCUUUCAUCAAGCAGUUCCUUGCUGAGGCCGAGGCUGGUGAGAAGCUUUAAAAAAAAAUGGAAAAAAAAAUUAUCAGUGAAGGGUUGUUUCCUACUUUUUUUUUCUGUCCGAAACGAACGAAUAAGCAAGAAAGCAAGCAAGAACGUAUCCUACGAAUCUACGCACCUUACACACACACAUACACACACACUUGCAAAAAAAAAACUUUUUUUUUUUGGUUGAUCGAAUAAAAAAAAAUCACACACAGAUUAAAGUAAAU